CUAAAAAAACAAUUGGGAGUCUCCAGGGCUGCUGUGUUUUUUUCAUUUGAAACUUUGUUAGCAGUUUGACGAAUGUAGAACUAAGUUUUAUUUCCAAACUUGAGCAUGAAAGCCUUAUUUACAUCACUAAAACUUGACUUCACUUGUUUUUCUUUGCUGGUGUCCGUUGUGUUGUGUAGCUGCUGAUGGUUUCUGCACCUAGAAAACAGCAGCUCUACUGAAGUUACUGUAAACUGAUUUAAAUUAUAAUAUCAGAUUAUGCUACAAUGGGGAUUUAUCAGUGGAUGAUACUCAUUUUUCUACACUAUGCUCACAGAGUUCAAGGGUUAAAGUUUACCAAGAACCCUGCCAACCUCACGGUAACCCAAGGUAACGUGGCUCGUCUGGGCUGUGCUGUUGAGGGCUUAAUCGAGCCGGAGAUUGCAUGGAUAAAAGAUGGAGAAAAAUUGUACAGCAUGGACCAGAUGUACAUCACCAUAGACACCCAUCACUGGGAGACAUAUCACAGUAUGAAAUCAGUCCAGCAGCAGGAUGCUGGGAAAUACUGGUGUGAGGUUGAAUAUCAUGGCACAGUCCUCUCCUCAGAGCCAGCCUGGAUCACAGUAGAAGGCGUACCCCACUUUACAGUGGAACCCCAGGAUGUCGCCACGUUUCCUGGUGCUCCGUUUAACCUGACGUGUGAAGCUGUUGGGCCUCCUGAACCAGUGCAGGUGCUCUGGUGGCUGGGGGGAGUACAAGAAGGAGAUUUCAGGCCCUCCCCGUCUGUGCUCUUGGUAGAAGGUGUGAAUGACAGCAUCAAAUUUUAUUGUGAAGCCAAGAAUGCUCGAGGUAUUUCUGUGUCUCGGACUGGCACUGCGUAUAUUAAAGUACCUCCCGAUUCUCCGACAAAUGUACAGAUUGACCAGGCGUCUAAUAACAUGACCCUCAUGUGGAGCCCAGGGUUCACUGGCUAUUCUGACUUAUCCACCUGCACUAUUCAGAUGUUUAAAAGCUCCGGGAGGAAGGUAAAACUUCCUGACCAGCAAGUUACAGUGCCACCCUUCCAGCUCAGCGUUGGUGGACUCAGCAGUCACUCCAAUUAUAGUGUUCGUAUCCGCUGUGGUAAUGAGGUUGGGUCCUCCCCUUUUUCUCCUUGGAUCAACUUUCAGACUCCAGAAGCAGUGCCUUCGGUAGCACCCAAAAACCUAAUCUUUCACUUGACGGAGCAACAGCUCUCCCUUACCUGGGCAGCACUCGAAGAAGAAGAACUAAAUGGACAACUGCUGGCCUAUAAAGUGCAGUGGAAUAUGGGAGGAGAGAGUCAGGAGCCAUUACUGUUUAAGGAAAACUUUGCUCAUGUCUCUGGAGGUGCCCGCUUCUUCAAUGCCACUUUUCAAGUGGCUGCUUGUACAGUGGUAGGAUGUGGGCCCUUGAGCCAGCCAGUGCUCAUUAUGCCAGCUUCAGCUGUACAGGCUCAGUCUCCAAGAGGGCACAUGUGGGUGGGUCUGCUCUUUGGACUGCUGGUGGCCACCGUUUUGGGACUUCUGCUAAUAGUCCUGGUACGCCGCAGAAGCAAAGAAUCUCAAUUUGGAUCUGUAUUCAAGUCAUCUGGGAUGGAAUCUGUGGUGUCCUUCACUGCAGCAAGAUCCUUCAACAGGCAGGGCUUGGAGCUCCCAGAACACAUGCGUAUGUUGGACAGUCUGGGCAUCAAUGAUGACUUGAAGGCCAAGUUGCGGGAUGUUCUCAUUCCAGAAAGGCUUCUCACCUUAGGGCACAUGCUAGGGAAAGGGGAGUUUGGCUCUGUGCGAGAAGCCUUUCUCAAGAUGGAGGACAGCUCUGUGCAGAAAGUGGCAGUGAAAGUACUGAAAACUGAUAUCAACUCUUCAAGUGAUAUAGAGCAGUGCCUUAAAGAGGCAGCCUACAUGAAGGAUUUUCAUCAUCCCAAUGUCAUCCAACUCAUAGGUGUGAGUCUGCAUAGACGACCCCAGCAACGGUUACCAAUUCCUAUGGUGAUCCUUCCCUUCAUGAAACACGGUGACCUGCAUACUUUCCUGCUUAUGUCCCGUCUGGGGGACGAACCCUUUACCCUUUCCCUACAAACUCUUGUUCAGUUCAUGCUGGAUGUUGCUCGGGGAAUGGAAUAUCUUGGCAGCAAAAACAUCAUCCACAGGGAUUUAGCUGCUCGCAACUGCAUGUUGAAUGAGAAUAUGACCGUAUGUGUAGCAGACUUUGGUCUUUCAAAGAAGAUCUACAGUGGUGAUUAUUACAGACAAGGGUCUGUCUCAAAGUUACCAGUGAAGUGGAUUGCACUCGAAAGUUUGGCCGACAAUGUUUAUACAACACAAAGUGAUGUGUGGGCUUUUGGGGUGACCAUGUGGGAGAUUAUGGCUCGAGGACAGACUCCUUAUCCUGGGGUGGAGAACUCCGAAGUCUAUGAAUACCUCAUCAAGGGUGAAAGGCUCAAACAGCCCCCCGACUGUCCUGAUGACAUUUAUGAGAUCAUGCACAGCUGCUGGUCUCCUGUCCCUAAGUGUCGUCCCAGUUUCCAGCAACUGGUAGCUCAGUUGGAUGGUCUUUGGACUGAACUUUCUUCAGCAGCUACAAAGGAGCCACUGCUUUAUGUGAACCUGGAAGAUGGUGGCGAGGAGCCAGAUUCCAGACUUGGGGCCACUGCCGACACGCUGAGCACUUAUGAUCCGCAGUGGGGUGUGCCUUGGCAAUGUGCAGAUAUGGAGAAGGAUGAAAAAGACUGGCUUGUAGUGUCCUCAGGGGCUGCACUGGCUAUUGGCGGUGACUAUCGCUACAUUAUUGGCCCAUGUGGGUCGACAGACAGGGAGAGCAGACAGUCUGAGGAUGGCCUCUCUGAGGAUAUCAAAGAUGAUGAUGAUUUUAUCAUAAAUAUGUGACUUUUUUUUUGGAUUAUAUCCAACGUUUCCUGACUGAACUAAUCACAGACUACUGUGCUCAAACUGGUGGCACUGUGAAAAGCAGUAAAAGGAUGAUCAAGUCCUGAAGGAAUUUGUGAGAUGUCUGAUUUAUAAAGAAUAUGUUAACACUAUAUUUUGUGAGGCAACAUAGACAUAUACAAUCAGCUAAUGCCUACUUUCUGGUAUAGUUUUUAAAGGUAGUUCUAUGUUUUAGUAAAUGUUUACAAGCCUGUAUUAAAAUAAAGUUUUCACACUGAAAUAGCUCUUUAAAAAUUCAUAACUGUAAAAGUGGGUUUAUUAACUUUGAGCACUGAUUUACUUUACUUUUAAUGUUUCUCCUUAAGGUUGAUGUAUUUCCUGUGUCAGAAAUCUGUUGCUUUUACUUUGUCAUGUAAGAUAAUAGUUUUUGUCUUUUUACAAUGCCAGUAUUGCAGAGUUUGUACAUCGACACAGGAUUGGUGAGUUACAUAAAUGUGAAGUGUUGAGAUGUCUCUUUGUGCUUGUUUUAGGCUGUUUUAAUGUUGAAUGGCCCACCUUCAACAAAUGUUGCAGAAUUCAAGUGUGCUUUUUGCAGGCAGAAUAACUUAUUGCGUUUUCUUUCUUUCAUUAGUGUACCGGUAUAAAAUGUUUUCUGUUUGCAUGUUUAAACUUGUACCCUUUUAAGAGAGUAUAUCUUUUAAAGUAUUUAACAUUCCUUGUCAGAAAUGGAUGUAAAUAGAUGAUGCAGUAACACAAUAAGUAACUAGGAUCAUGCUGUCUGUCCAGUGAGUUAGAUUAUUGUUUUUAUUUUAAUAGGUGUACAUUAGAACAGCAAGUGACACUUAUUUUGACUAUGAUUGUAUACAGAUCAAGCUUAGGCCAUGUAACAAUGGAAGUGAUGUACAGGCAACACAUUUCGGAUAGCUUCCAUAACCUGUAGGCUGUGGUAAAGCCAGUUUGACACUGGUACUACACCCAGCUUUUAGCGGACACUUGAAACAUACGAAACUUUUAAAGUUCUUUUUGUUUAAUGGGAAAGUUCCUUCAAACAGUAUUACAGUGGAGCUGACCUUGUGCUAUCCUUAACUUAAGCAGGAGGAGUUUCUGAUCAAAAUCUAGCUGCUUUUUUUUUUUUUUUAAAUAAA